CUUUUUUUUAUGUCAAGAUUUGCCAAACCUAUCUUUUUGUUUUGAAAAUGGAUUAUUCACCAAGAGAAUAUUCUCUGUAGAGAUGAGAUAAUAAUACUAUAUUUUGAGAAAAAUGAAAUGUGUCAAGUGCUUUCAUCGGGAAAACAAAUUUCAAGUUUCUAAAAAUGUUCCAAAAAUCUGAGUUGUGGAUUAUCAAUGUAUUGCUGUGCAUAUCACUGUCUGAGAGGGUUAUGACAGACCUGACACCAGAAGAAGAGGAAGCGCUUAUUGAGGCUCGAGAGGAUGACGAGUUGAUGAAGAUAAUUGUGAUCGAAAUGAUUAGAGAUAACGAUAACUGUCGAGACUACUGGCCAUGGUCACUCCAAAACGAUGGGGUUUACGGCCCAACGGAAGUACAUUGUAACCACGCCUGCAAUCUCAUUUCCGACUUGUACUUGAUGAAUGGAGGCGGAGACAAUAAGACUCGAAUCACCGAUGGCGGCCGCUGCAAGAACAGCUGGACAAUUUUCAAGCGCUGCAUGUGCCGACUCAAGGAUCACACCAUGCCCAAGUACAGGUGGAGGACCCUCCAUUUCAUCACUAAACGGUACCUCGGGCCAGUUAUGGUGAAAUACCUGAAUCAUACAACUUAUAUGCCGCCGGUCAUCACAAUACCUGAUCCAAAUUUCACGAAAGACUAUCUCUACCGAGAAAGCACGGAUCCCUGGAAAGACUUUUGGCAUUGAUAGGUGGAAGAGGAAAGGUUGGUUCGAAGUCGUAAUCGUAGAUAGAGGUCAAUUUCCUCAGAUUCUCUAGUGUGCACCCUCAAACCCCUAUUCCAAAUUGGAAAUACUAAAAUCCCCCAAUAAAAAAAUGGGGGCCAGGUCAUUC